CUAGUAGUGUUAUUAAUACUGAUAAAUUCAUUCGGGAGACGACAUAAAAAACACGUCGACUAUUAUCAUAAAUUUCAUUAGUGCUCUUAUGAUAUACGUGCAUAUACGUCGUACAUAUCGUAUUUCAAGUCGUGUCCUUCAGUUUCCAAUCACUUUACUUUCUUUCAUUAUUCCUGACCACGACCUUAUGUUAUUCCCUGAUGGGGCUUUACUUUCCGCUUUUAAUCUCGUAGUAAAAAGACCGACCAUGGACAUGGCCGUCGUUGAGCCAUUCAAUAAGUAGCUUCACUUUGAGAGCCAGCAAAAAAGCUAUAAAUACCGCAUCCUUUCAGAACUAUGUAUAUGCCAUAAGGAGUCUCAGCGUCAUCAUCAUGAGCAUAUGCAUAUAAUAUGUACAGAUCUUAAGUAUGCAUGCACCAGCCACUGUAUUUGACUAUGGACAUUAGCUAAAUAAACAAAGCAUAUUAAUGUCAAGUAUAAAGCACAAAAAUCCUUAUGCAAAGUAAAGCUUCUGUAUAGCGACAGUUUUUUAGCAGCAACAUGUUUUAGAAAUCUUGUUGGAGAAAGAGCACUGCAAAACUGCAAAAUCAAGAUGAUGCUGGUUUCCAACUUCCAAAUUCUAUCUUCUAUGUGAGUGAAGUGAAUGCAAUUCCAGCGUAUUCUGUAUUACCGUCACAGACUAUUCUGCAUGCACUAUGUAUGUAAGAUACGCUUCUCUAUUCACGUAACAUAACCAUGCACGAGACUCAAACAAUUUAGGGUAUAAACAUUGAGAACUUUUUCACCGUGCCAGUCAGUCACCAUAUUUAUCUCUUUGAGUGAACAGCAGAUGUGUUAUUGAUGUCAUUUAUUUGUCCCUCUUUCGUGAGUCGCCUGUGGAUUUAAUUCAUGAGAGUUCGCAUACUCUUCUUUUGUCCAAGAUUCAGAUUUUAGAAAGACAAGAAACCAUACCUAUUGAAUUUUGGUGUCAAGUGGUGUUUGCAAGAAUACAAAUUUCAUCAUGGCGUUUAUGAUGCCAGUUGUGAAGAAGAACUACAACAUUUAUGGCGAUCGUGCCCGUAAUCAGUCCGGCCCGGAUGGCGGCGGAGGUCUUGUAAGGAAAACAUCGCAAGGAAGUGGGUCCGUUGGUGGUUCGUCAAAUAUUGGAGGUUCCAGAAGAAAAGUGAGAUCAGAGGGUCCAAGUUUGAGUACGUCGCCCAAACACUCUCAGGCCGAUGUCAUUAUCCACCGGAUUCCCAUUCCUAGAAAUAACAGCGCAAGUCAUCCUCCAGUGUCGAUGGCAAGGUCGGUGCCGAUGCCGAUGCGAACGGGACGAGGAUCUGCGCCAAUGUUGGGAAGUGGACCCUCUCCUUUUGUGAGGCAUAAUAGUCUACCCGAGGGGCCCAACUCCGUCCCACUAAAGGUACCACUAUCUCCGACCCAUUCGACGGGUUCGACAUCCUCGACAUCCUCGACUGAGGACCACCCCCAUCAGCACCGUUUCCACAUCAAGUUAUUGAAUCGGCUUAAAAAAUCUUUUAGAAUCAAAGACCCAGCUCCAGCAGCGUCAUAGUUGUGGUGAUGAGAAGUAAUGUGCAUAAAACUGGCCAAAAUAGUAAACACUAUAGAAUGCAAACAAGUGUAUAAAUUUAUAGUAGUUAUCAUCACCAAUCUUUGUGUAUGACAUUACUACACCAUAAGCACAUACGUACAUGUGUAUGCACACAAUAUCUAGGUUAUGAAGAUGUUGGGGAAAUCCUCUGUAAAGGAAAAGACUGAUUAUGGCAAUUCUUUACUAAUAAUUAAAACUAUUUUGACUUUAUUGUUAUUCAUUAUUGUUGCUUAAAAAUAAACAUAUUUAGGUGGCGAUAGGCGCCGAUAACUGACUAUACGAAUAAAUGACGCUGUUGUUACAAUAUACAUAAAUACUAAUAUUUCGAUGGGUGGAUAAGAAUGUGCCUGAUUUUCGAAGUAGAGUAAUUCCUGCUGGUGCCUGAAUUACAAAGUUGGACUAAUAGCCAAGUGCUUCAUCAUAUUUAUGAAAAAGUGUGAAUUGUACAUAACGUUAGAAAAAUAUACCUAGACCUAAUUUUGUAUAUGGAAUUUAUAUAGACAUUCAAUAAAUCGUGUAAAAAUAACUUAAUUUUUUUCUUUUACGCAUAUA